UACUAGGGGAAGGAACAACAAGGACCAUGAAAGGACAAACCUGGAUGUUAUUUUGGGGAAAAUCGUUACUAUUUAUCCUAACGGGUUCUCAAAUUAAACAUAUCUAAGUAGGAUAAUAUACGCAAAGGAUAGUGAAUACAGAAUUGUAUCCAAACCUUCGCAAACGUGACAAAAACAAAAACGAACCGCAUAAACGCGGUCCGAGUUAUCGCAGUCUGUCCGAAGUUAGUUAGCUUGUUCGGCUAAUCAGUUAGCUAACGGUAGCUAGCCUGCUAACUAACAAGAACCAGGGAGACACCGCGGUUGAACAACGAGUAGUAAUGUUGCCUUUAAAAAUGUACUUGAACUACGGAUGAUAAAUACAUCGAGGAUUUGGAAACAAGGUGGGGGGAAUCGACUUUUUUUCCGAAGAAGCGCAACAACCUACAAGACAACUGAAAUGUUGGGGAAGCGGGGACUGGUUCGCCGCUGUGGCAGCCUCUCCGUGUAUCGAGGCUGGACAAAUUCGGUCCAGUGGAGCCUCGGAGUUUUCUUUUUCCUGCUGUUGCUGGAAGGGACCUUGUGCCUCGCCAACCCCAGCACUAGCAGUGCCCCUGCUCUGGGCAUCAACAAUCGCCCCAGUGUCAACGUCUACAUGAGCGAGGAGGAGGUCAAGAAGCUUUUGGGUCUAGAUGCAGAGCUGUACUAUGUGAGGGAUGACGUGGUGAACCACUAUGCUCUCUCCUUCAUCCUGCCUGUAUCCAGCGAGACCAACAGCCUGCACUUCACCUGGCGCUCCAAGGACAAGGUUGAUUACAGGAUGGGUUUCCACGUAGACAACCCUGCAGCUAUGAACCAACCACAGAGCAACAUCUCUAACCAAGGGGAGGUGCCUCGCACAGCCUCAGUGUUCAGAGUGGACCUGUUCUGCUCAGGAAAGGUGGACGGGGAAGCGGUUCUGACGGUACAACUCAACCUCACCAUCCAUUCCAACAACUUCACAGUGCUCAACUUCAAGAGGAGGAAAAUAUGUCACAAACGAAUAGAUCCUGAUCUGAAGAUGCCUCCCGUCUCCAACAAUAAGACUGUUCAGCGGCCAGAGAAUGGAGUGUCCAUUCCCACCACGUCCACCAGGGUGUUCUAUAUCAGUGUCGGGGUCUGCUGCGCAGUCAUCUUCCUGGUAGCCAUCGUUCUGGCUGUUAUGCAUCUACACAGCAUGAAGAGAGUAGAGCUGGACGACAGUGUUUCAGACAGUGGCAGUUCCCAGGGCCUGUCCCAGCCGUCCACCCAGACCACCCAGUACCUGAGAGCUGACACACCCAACAACGCCAGUGCUGUCACCAACCAUCACCCUGGCACUGCACCCAUUCUCCAGCUUGCUGCCGCCACCUUCCCAAACCCUGGUGCCCCCAUCCAUGAAACCAAAAGCUACCCGUCCCUGCGUAUUGAGAAGAACGACCUGAGAAGUGUUAGUCUGCUGGAAGCCAAAGCCAAGGUCAAAGACAUCUCCAUCUCCAGACUGAGAGUCACUCUACGGGACGUCCUGCACGAAGGAACGUUUGGCCGCAUCUUCCAUGGUGUUCUGUUGGACGAGAAGGACCCGGCCAAGGAGAAGCAGUGCUUUGUGAAGACUGUGAAAGACCAUGCAUCUGAGGUGCAGGUGACCAUGAUGCUUACGGAGAGCUGUAAACUACGAGGACUUCAUCACAGGAACCUGCUGCCCAUCAGUCACGUGUGUACAGAGGAGGGAGAGAAGCCUAUGGUACUACUGCCCUAUAUGAACUGGGGUAACCUCAAACUGUUCCUGAGACAGUGCAAGCUGGCCGAGGCCAACAACCCACAGGCCAUCUCCCAGCAGGACUUAGUCCACAUGGCGAUCCAGAUCGCAUGCGGGAUGAGCUACCUGGCCAGGAGAGAGGUCAUCCACAAAGACCUGGCCUCCAGGAACUGUGUUAUUGACAACAGCAUGCAGGUGAAGAUCUGUGACAACGCCCUGUCCAGAGACCUGUUCCCCAUGGACUACCACUGUCUGGGAGACAACGAGAACAGGCCGGUCCGCUGGAUGGCUCUGGAGAGCCUGCUCAACCAUGACUUCUCUAGUGCUAGUGAUGUGUGGGCGUUUGGUGUGACCCUGUGGGAGUUGAUGACCUUGGGACAGACCCCCUACGUCGACAUCGACCCCUUUGAGAUGGCAGCCUAUCUGAAGGAUGGAUACAGAAUAGCACAGCCAAUCAACUGUCCCGAUGAACUGUUUGCGGUGAUGGCGUGUUGCUGGGCCCUUGAUCCAGAGGAGAGGCCUAAGUUCCAGCAGCUUGUCCAGUGUCUGACGGAGUUCCAUGCAGCGUUGGGGGCAUACGUGUAAAAUCCACCCCCAGGCUUGUGUUACGGACCAGGCCCGAAGGCCCAGCAGGCCCAGGAGUUACUGAACAGCACUAAUCACCAUGAGGAAUACAUUUACAAACUCUUGUGCCUUAUUAAAAAGAAAGAACAGACUUUCAUCAUCAUGACAAUGUUUUGUCAAGUCUAGAUUUUUUUUUUUUUUUGUAUGUAGUUGAAACACAUUUCCGUUGUGUAGUCGAAGUGGAAAUAAUUGGUAUUUCUGGGAUUUGUGGAGGCUUCAAGCUGUUCUCUCAGCCAAGUACCAAGGAUUCUCUUUCUGAGGUCGUCAUAUUUCCCAGCAUGCAUCACAAGCUUCCAGAAUAGACCUAAUACCCUCUCUAUGAAAGAAAACCCACAAGGACGCCACUGCACACAUCCACUCUUUUGGUAAAAAUGUGCCGAAAAGCCGCGGCCGCCAUUUUCCUAACGACUACGCUCUGAGGACCUGUUUUUAAAGACACACCAUGCUAAUAUGUUGUGUUCUACCGUUUAUUUGUGUGUGUGUGUGUGUUUUUAGAGAAUUAGAGAUGUUCAUUUUGUGGUUGUAGAUCUAUUUUUCAGUGAGAGGAUGACAACACAGCAGAUUAAGCUUUACAUGUACAGGACAGUGGUAGGGUACCAAAGUAGACAGAGGGUCUGCUUCUCAAAUUGCACCCUAGUCCCUACAUUGGCCCCCCACAUAGACCUCUGGUCUAAAGUGGUGCACUAUAUAGGGAAUCGGGUGCUGUUUUGGGACUUGGAUAGAGGUUUGUCUGUGUACUAUAGAGAUGUUUGUUUCUUUCUGUCAUGGUGUGGUAAACUCACGGUAGGUACGAAAGGCUUCUCGGGGGAUCGAACGGGCAAGGCCUAAGCAGAUCUACUCUGCUGGACUUGUUGUGGAUAAUGACUUGUGCUGUUGGUCUCUCGUCUCGUCCGUCCUGAUCUCCACUGAAGGACCUACUGAACAUUUGUGUUACACACAUUAGUUUCCCUUUUCCUUUGGGAGACGUGCCAAUGGAGCGGCUAGCGUAGCUGACGAUACUGUCGUCCCAUCCCAUGAUCUCCUCAGCAUCUGUUCCAAGUCAGUAGUGUGGAUGCCUACUACAGGCCUGCGACGGUACACUACAUACCCUUAAUGGACUUCAGAGAUGUAUGCUAUAAUGGAUUGGUGUUGUGUCUUCCACCAUCGUUCUCCUUUUUAGAUGUUCACUAUCACGACUAUCAAUUCAAAUCUCACAAAUAUCUGGGGGAACGAAUAUCUAACAAGGUUGUCAUUAUUAUUAUUCCUUGUUUUUGACUUUGACGGUUCUGUCAGAACAAAACCCAGGUUGCCAAACACACGCUGUUUUAAGAAUGAGAAAAUAUGAAUUUGUACUAGAACACUAAUAAUCACUGUGAAAAUCAGAAUAACUGCCAAUCUGGCAACAUUAGGGCCAAGCUCUGGUCCAAGACGUGACGUGCUGCUUGUUCACGCUGAGCCCUUUGACCAGAGCAAUAUCACACCAACCUGGCAACAUCAUGGCCUAAUCUUUUAUUUUCACAUCUAAAAUCUGUCUGAUUUGUCUUCAAGAUCACUGCAUGUUAAAUUUAAAGGGUGUUCAUUCUGUCAACUGAAAUUCAUACAAAUUAAACGGGACCCUUGAAAAUAAACAGGCUUUUCAUUUUCUUA